GUUCAACUGUUUAUAGAUUACAGUAGGUUUAUAGGUUACAGGUGUGUUGAACUUCACUUCGUUGCACUUCGUUACGUUCAACUGUUUAUAGAUUACAGUAGGUUUAUAGGUUACAGGUGUGUUGAACUCCACUUCGUUGCACUUCGUUACGUUCAACUGUUUAUAGAUUACAGUAGGUUUAUAGGUUACAGGUGUGUUGAACUUCACUUCGUUGCACUUCGUUACGUUCAACUGUUUAUAGAUUACAGUAGGUUCAUAGGUUACUGGUGUGUUGAACUUCACUUCGUUGCACUUCGUUACGUUCAACUGUUUAAAGAUUACAGUGGGUUUAUAGGUUACAGGUGUGUUGAACUCCACUUCGUUGCACUUCGUUACGUUCAACUGUUUAUAGAUUACAGUAGGUUUAUAGGUUACAGGUGUGUUGAACUCCACUUCGUUGCACUUCGUUACGUUCAACUGUUUAUAGAUUACAGUAGGUUUAUAGGUUACAGGUGUGUUGAACUUCACUUCGUUGCACUUCGUUACGUUCAACUGUUUAUAGAUUACAGUAGGUUUAUAGGUUACAGGUGUGUUGAACUUCACUUCGUUGCACUUCGUUACGUUCAACUGUUUAUAGAUUACAGUAGGUUUAUAGGUUACAGGUGUGUUGAACUCCACUUCGUUGCACUUCGUUACGUUCAACUGUUUAUAGAUUACAGUAGGUUUAUAGGUUUCAGGUGUGUUGAACUUCACUUCGUUGCACUUCGUUACGUUCAACUGUUUAUAGAUUACAGUAGGUUCAUAGGUUACUGGUGUGUUGAACUUCACUUCGUUGCACUUCGUUACGUUCAACUGUUUAAAGAUUACAGUAGGUUUAUAGGUUACAGGUGUGUUUAACUCCACUUCGUUGCACUUCGUUACGUUCAACUGUUUAUAGAUUACAGUAGGUUUAUAGGUUACAGGUGUGUUGAACUCCACUUCGUUGCACUUCGUUACGUUCAACUGUUUAUAGAUUACAGUAGGUUCAUAGGUUACUGGUGUGUUGAACUCCACUUCGUUGCACUUCGUUACGUUCAACUGUUUAUAGAUUACAGUAGGUUUAUAGGUUACAGGUGUGUUGAACUCCACUUCGUUGCACUUCGUUACGUUCAACUGUUUAUAGAUUACAGUAGGUUCAUAGGUUACUGGUGUGUUGAACUCCACUUCGUUGCACUUCGUUACGUUCAACUGUUUAUAGAUUACAGUAGGUUUAUAGGUUACAGGUGUGUUGAACUUCACUUCGUUGCACUUCGUUACGUUCAACUGUUUAAAGAUUACAGUGGGUUUAUAGGUUACAGGUGUGUUGAACUCCACUUCGUUGCACUUCGUUACGUUCAACUGUUUAUAGAUUACAGUAGGUUCAUAGGUUACUGGUGUGUUGAACUCUACUUCGUU